AUGGACUGGUACAAAGCUAAAUUCCUCGUCCAGAAUCCGCUCGAUGUCAGAUCGUCAUCAACGAGACACAUGUUAACCCUAUGGCAGACAAGACGGGACGAGGCUACGGCGGGAAGAUGGACUCACCGCCUCAUCGGUAAUGUUAAAGACUGGGUAAUUCGCAAGCAGGGCGAAAUCGAUUAUCACCUCACGCAAGCGCUUACUGAACACUUUUUGGAGUACCUCCAUCUCUUCGGGAAACUUGACUUCCCUAGUUCUUUUGGGACAUUCUCCAAUGAUGCGCUCCGUACCGUAUUCCAGUGCGACGUCUGGCAUGCCGAACGUUUCCGCCUGUCUUGCCUCCUGAGCAGAGAUUUCAGUCCGGAAUCAAUGCUAUGCUAUCAUCCAAGAAUAACUGGCUGUACGUCUCCAACUUCAUUAACAACGUCUUGA